UCUUUCUCGACGAACCACCGACCCAGAGCCCAACCUUUCCUCCCAUCUCGACCUUGCUCGGAUCAAAACUCGUGGGUUUUCCGAAAGCUAUUCCUGGAAUUAGGGUUCCGGCGUUGAUCCGGCGGAGGGAGAGAGGGGGAGAAGGAGAGGAUGGGAGAGCGCAAGGUGUUGAACAAAUACUACCCGCCGGACUUUGAUCCGGCGAAGAUCCCACGGCGGCGGCAGCCUAAGAACCAACAGAUCAAGGUUCGUAUGAUGCUUCCCAUGAGCAUCCGCUGCAAUACCUGUGGCACCUACAUCUACAAGGGCACCAAGUUCAAUUCCCGCAAAGAAGAUGUCAUCGGAGAUACUUAUCUGGGAAUUCAGAUUUUUCGGUUCUACUUCAAAUGCACCAGAUGCUCAGCUGAAAUUGCAUUCAAAACAGAUCCUCAGAAUUCGGACUAUGUUGUUGAAUCCGGAGCAUCCCGAAAUUUUGAGCCUUGGCGGGAAGAGGAAGAAGCAGUAGAAAAAGAGAAGAAGAAAAGUGCUGCUGAAGAGAUGGGGGAUGCGAUGAAGUCACUGGAAAACAGAGCGGUGGAUUCAAAGAGAGAUAUGGACAUACUUGCAGCACUAGAAGAAAUGAGGUUGAUGAAGUCAAGACAUGCAACUGUGAGUGUCGAUAUGAUGCUAGAGACUCUAAGGCGUUCAGCCUACGACAAGGAGCAAAAAAUUGCAGAGGAGUUUGAUAAAGCAGAUGAAGAACUGAUCAAAUCAAUUGCUUUUCCUGGUUCACAAAAUUAUGUCCAGCGUAUACAGGAUGAUGAAGAUGAGGAUCUAGAUGAGGACUUUGGCCAGUCAUCUUCCAAUCCAUGCAAGUUACCAGAUGAUAAUUUAAAGGGGAAAAGUAAUUCAGAACUCUCAAGCACAGUGGAAAAAACCAACAAAUUCCUUAACAAAAAGCAGUAUUUUUAACAGUUCUAAAGAUGGAGGAACUUCAGGUGGGGGCUCUUCAGUUACCAUGCCGAAGUUUAUAUUGAAACCACGGCCUGUGACAGAUGGGCCUUCUUCCAAGAAGCCCCGGACUGCACCUAUAGAGGAUGACCGACAAGAUGGUGAAAACAAUCAGACGGAAGGCAAUCAGAUGACGAACGGGCUUGUAUCUCUUUGUCAAAAUUAUGAUACAGAUGAUGAAAGUGAUUGAUUUCGGAUUUCGGAUGUCUCUGUCUCGCCUGAGAGAGUCGACUCGCGCAAUCUGGAGUCGACUCCCACUGUGUGGAAGUCGACUCGCGCUUUGCCGGAGUCGACUCGAGCUUUGUCCAGAUUUCGGAUGUUUCUGUCUCGCCUGAUAGAGUCGACUCGCGCUUUGCCGGAGUCGACUUGCACUGUGCGGGAGUUGAUUCGCGCUUUGCCGGAGUCGACUCGAGCUUUGUCCAGAUUUUGGAUGUUUCUGUUUCGUCUGAGAGCGAGUUGACUUGCGUUGUGAUGGAGUCGAUUCGAUGUCGGAGAGUCGACUCCAGCUCGGACGGAAUUUACGGGAAUUUACUGAAACGGGUGAAAAAGUGCUAUUUUUGGAAAAUCUCAAGGAUAUAAAUUCGUGGCCAAAGACUCUGAGGAAUACAGAAGGUUGUGAUGGCUAGGGUUACAACGAGAUAGAGAGAAAGCCUUAAGAACGUGAGAGAUUGAAGGAAAUAGUUUUUUCUCUUGUAAAAGGAAGAAGGUUGUUUCUCCUUUGUUCGAGCAAUCAGUUUGUGAUUGACUCGGGAUUGUGUUCUCCGUUGUAAUUGUUCUACUGCAAUAGAAUCGAGUUGUCUUGAGGAAGUAGGCAAGUUUUGCCGAACCUCGAUA